AUGGAAAAGGUUUGGCGUCGGGUGGGUCUCCAUUCCUCCCGUAAGAAGAGGGAUGGAAGCGGGACUAGCACCACAAGAGAAGUGCCAUCGUCCGCUCCCCAGGAGGCUGAGUAUCAGAACAUACAUACACUGAGAACAGCUGACUUGAUAAGACAAAGACAGGGUGAGGAGAAAUCGACUCUACGCUCAUCCUAUAUUAUAAGAAACGGGGAUAAUUUUAUACUGGUUGAAAGAAGGCGUAGGAGACGACGUAGAAGUGGAACUAGAGCAUCUUCUGGGAGUAGACAUCACACACCUCCUGUUGAGGAGCCCCGUACAGAGCAGAAGCGGCGCCCUCCAGCCAGAUUGAAGUUAUUCGGCAUACAAUGGCCCUUACACUCAAGUGAUUCAAGGUAA